AUGGAUUUCACAAAAAAAAGGAAAAAGGAAAUAUUAAAUGAUGUUGUUGAAAUGAAUCGCUCCUUCUUACAACAAACUUACGGAUCAAACAAACAGUACUGGCGCACAUGGCGAGAUGAACAUCCACAGUAUCGACAAUUAUUUUCUGGAACUUCUCAAGAAUUAAGGACUGAUUGUGUUAGCAAAGUAAUUUAUCAAGAAUUAAAAGCAGUUUGUGUUAUCAAAGUAACUUCUUCAGAAUUAAAGACUGGUUAUAUUGUUAAAAACCAAGAACUGAUUAUGUUUUCGGAAUAUUUUGGACAAAAUUACUCCCCGCUUAUGGAAUUACCUUUCACUUUAUAG